AUGGCUUACAAUAUUAUUCUUGAUACAAUAUUGUCAAAUAAAUUUGGGGCAUUCUUUAUUGAUGGUCCUGGUGGAACUGGUAAAAGUUUUUUAUAUCGUGCUUUAUUAGCUACAGUAAGACACAAGGGAUUUAUAGCUUUAGCAACUGCAAGUUCUGGUGUUGCAGCUUCACUUCUUCCCGGUGGUCGAACUGCUCAUUCUCGAUUUAAAAUUCCUACUGAUGUCAAUGAAAAUUUUACUUGCAAUAUUAGUAAACAAAGUUCACUAGCAUCUUUAAUACGAGAUGCACAAUUAAUUGUGUGGGAUGAAAUUUCAAUGGCAAAAAAAAAUGGUUGA